GAACGAGUUCUCCCGUAAUUGCAUAUUCGUCAACUACCCCUUCAUUCUUUCCCUACAUCGCGGCGCUUCAUCGUUUCUUACGCCCGGUAGGUUUCGGUUUUCAAGGGAUUUCUCGCUCAACACACUCGGGAGUCGAGCUUCGCACGCUUGAGCCAAGCUUUCACAAUGGCCGGCACGGAAUACCCUCCAAUUCCACGUUCAACCACCGUUACUUACGCGCUGCGCGUUCACGCUACUACCACAGCCGCCGCGUGCAUCGUUCUCCUGCUUGUAUACUGCUCAUCAGCCACCGCUCUCAAGCCCAUAUCGAGGCCGCUUAUAUCGAGGCCGUCUUCUGCUCGCCGCGGACGAGUCUCCCUCCGGACGGUUCUGCCUCCAGCUGUGCAAUUUCUAGCGACGCGGCGGGCGGAGAGAACAUCUGCGGAGAAACUACUAGCACCCGCGGAGCGAGCGGAAGCAGCGACGGUGGGCGGAACCAGUGGCGCUGACAGCCUGUCAACAGCUUUAGGGUUGAGCGGCGCGGCAUCUGCAGCCUCACUGCCGCAGACUGCGGCGGCGAACACGGCGGCUCUUACGGCAAUCUUCACGGCCGCGCAGCUGCCUAUCCCGGCAAACAAGCCGAACGCGUGCGCGUGGCCCGGCCUAUGAUAAACCUAGCUAACCACCAAGGUAUGA